AUGAGUGACCAGGCAUCUAAAGAUGCAGCAGCAAAGGCUCGCAUCAUCACGCAUAUGAAUGCAGACCAUCAUGACUCUGUCAUUCGCUAUCUCGAAAAUUAUCAUCACCUGCCUGGCUACCAGGCUUACCAUGGCAAAAUCUCUGAUAUAUCACUCGAUUAUAUUGCUUUCGAGUGCGCCAGUCUGAAUUACCGGACCCCCUUGGAGCCUCCUAUGGCCUCUUUUCGAGAAGCACGAGAGCGUCUAGUCCAGAUGGACAAAGAAUGCCUCGAAGCACUCGACCGCAGCGACAUCACCAUCAAGGAGUUCACAGCACCGACUGGACUGUAUCUUGUGCUGUUUGCGAUAGUGUCGAUGACACUUGUGGCAUUCAGGACCAGAUCGAACUUCGAAUCGGGAAGCUUUAUCUCUGCUGUGGUACCUAAAGGGUUCGCUCGAUUCUGUUGGACGAUACAGCCGUUCAUCUGGUACGGAAUGAUUGUUAUACACGGAGCAGAGACGUGGAACAUGGCACGUGGACGACUGAGAAAGCAUAACGUCAACAUCAGAAGCCGAGUGUGGUGGUUGUGGAUAGCCACGACCUUCAUUGAAGGUGUCGGCGCGUACAACAGGUUUGUCCAUUACUUUCGUCACAACGCAUUCUGGAGCACGCUGACUGAGGUGCUACNNAGGUUCGAUAAGAUGGUUCAGAAGCAGAGGGUGGAAAAGGACAAGCAGAAGCACUAA